UGCGCAGUGGGCGUUCCAGCGCCGCCACCCAUCAGCUGAGGCUCGUAGCUGGCGACUCUGGGGCCCUUGGGUGGCCGGGGCCGAAGAAGGAGAAGGGAAGCCGAGGAGGUCGGGGUGACUGCUUAGAAAACUGCACAGCCCACCAACAGCUGAUGAAAUUAGGGAACAAGCAAAUCAACUAUGUCUUACACUCCAGGAAUUGGUGGUGACCCCGCCCAGCUGGCCCAGCUUAUUUCUUCCAACAUCCAGAAGAUCACACAAUGUUCUGCGGAAAUACAGAGGACUCUGAAUCAACUUGGAACACCUCAAGAUUCACCUGAAUUGAGGCAGCAGCUGCAACAGAAGCAGCAAUAUACGAACCAACUUGCCAAAGAAACAGAUAAGUACAUUAAAGAGUUUGGAUCUCUGCCCACCACCCCCAGUGACCAGCGUCAAAGGAAAAUACAGAAGGAUCGCUUAGUGGCGGAAUUCACCACAUCACUGACAAACUUUCAGAAGGCGCAGAGACAGGCUGCUGAGAGAGAGAAAGAGUUUGUCGCUCGAGUAAGAGCCAGUUCCAGAGUGUCUGGUGGUUUUCCUGAGGAGAGCUCAAAAGAAAGGAAUCUUGUGUCCUGGGAAAGCCAAACUCAGCCUCAGGUGCAGGUGCAGGAUGAAGAAAUUACAGAGGAUGACCUCCGCCUUAUUCAGGAGAGAGAGUCUUCUAUUAGGCAACUUGAAGCUGAUAUUAUGGAUAUUAAUGAAAUAUUUAAAGAUUUGGGAAUGAUGAUUCAUGAGCAAGGAGAUGUGAUAGAUAGCAUAGAAGCCAAUGUGGAAAAUGCUGAGGUGCACGUCCAGCAAGCAAACCAGCAGCUGUCAAGGGCGGCAGACUAUCAGCGCAAAUCCAGGAAAACCCUGUGCAUCAUCAUUUUUAUCCUUGUUAUCGGAGUUGUAAUUAUCGGUCUCAUCAUAUGGGGAGUGAAAGGCUAAGAUUGUAAAGGAGCACACUAUUGCACUACAUUAUGUAAAUUAUGUAGGAAGAUUCCUUAAAUCAUGGUAGGUUUUUUUUAUUGUUAUUAUUUUAAAACUGUUGCUUAAAGGAUGGUUCCCAUACUUUGUUAUUUUUAUUUGGGGGGAAGUUUUCUUUGGAUUAAAUCUGAUAUUUUCUAAUACUGGAAGUUUUUCUAAAUAUCACUGCUGGCAUAGCUUCAUGCUUUUCGACCUAGUAACUGUUAGGUUUUUGCCCACAUUGUAUAUGCCUUUCAUUUAUAAUUUAUUUAUCCUGUUGACUUAGUUUUUGGAAUUAGUAAAUUCAGAGGUGUGUGUGUGUUCUGUGUGCACCUCUCUGUCACAGUGUAACAUGCACCCAUGUUUGUGUUACUUCAAUUACAAUUCUUAAAUUUAAUUUUGAUUUGGGCCAGCAGAGGAAGUAUUGUCAAUAACUUUAAAAAUUAACAUAUAUGUUUGUGUUUGGAGUUUUGUUUUUAUCUAGUUCACAGCAACACAAAUUGUCUAUUUAACUUUUACUGUUAUUUUUCUCUUAAGACCCUUGUUUAUUCUGAAUGAAAUCAGUGAAUAACUUCCUAGUAUAUCUCUUACUCCUGAUGUGUAUAUAGUAAACAUUUGCUGUAGAUUGGCUAGUAAAAUACUAAGGAUAGAUUGUUUUUAUUGUUUUUAUAUAGAUUCUGUUUAAGUCUGACGUUCGUUUGCAGGGGAUUGUGUGGUCACUAUAAAUGUUUAAUGUGGUUUGGAGGAAGAGUAUGACAGAUCAAUACCUAUUGUGUUAGAAUACUAAAGAUCCCAACUUGUAUUCGGCUGUGUAUUUCCACAGCUGUUAUGAUGGAAAAUUAAUUACCUUCUCUUAUGUCCUACAGAAUAAUAAAGAUUACUUUUGGGAAGUAACUUUCCCACAGUUACCAUUUUUGAGCACCUAACACUUAAAAUUCUGUUUCCCUUCAUACCAUUUUGUACCAUCCUUCAUUAGAAAGGGAAUUGGAUGUUCGCCACUUAACUCACUUGCCUUUUUAAAUCAAUGUUGUUUUAAUGCACUAAUCUGAAUACUGUAAAGAAGAUUAUCUUAGUUUAUAGUUUGUAUUUUAUAAUGUUCUUAUAUAGCAGUUUGAUAGUGAAGGCAAUGUUUUACAUGGCAAGCUAUGAGACUUCAAAUGGGAACAAAUAAAAUAUUAAGUAACUAAGUAAAUUGUAUCUUUGCAACCAAAAUAAAGAUGAUUUUAAAAAGUG